AUGCUGGCCUCAGGAAUGCUGCUGGUGGCUGUGCUCACCUGUCUGACUGUCAUGGUGUUGAUGUCUGUCUGGCGGCAGAGGAAGCUCUCAGGAAAGCUGCCUCCAGGCCCCACACCAUUGCCCUUCAUUGGAAACUAUCUGCAGCUCAACACGGAGCAGAUGUACAACUCUCUCAUGAAGAUGAGUGAUCGCUUCGGUCCAGUGUUCACGGUUUACCUGGGCCCUCGGCGGGUCGUGGUGCUGUGUGGUCAGGAGGCCGUGAAGGAGGCGCUGGUGGACCAGGCUGAAGAGUUCAGCGGGCGCGGGGAGCAGGCCACCUUCGACUGGCUCUUCAAAGGCUAUGGAGUGGCUUUCAGCAAUGGGGAGCGGGCCAAGCAGCUGAGACGCUUCUCCAUCACCACGCUGCGGGACUUUGGACUGGGCAAGAGAGGCAUCGAGGAGCGCAUCCAGGAGGAGGCAGGCUUCCUCAUCCAGGCACUACGGGACACGCAUGGCACCUUCAUAGAUCCCACCUUCUACCUGAGCAGAACGGUCUCCAAUGUCAUCAGCUCCAUUGUCUUUGGGGACCGCUUUGACUAUGAGGACAAGGAGUUCCUGUCUCUCCUGCGAAUGAUGCUGGGCAGCUUCCAGUUCACAGCCACCUCCACUGGGCAGCUCUAUGAGAUGUUCUAUUCCAUCAUGAAGCAUCUGCCAGGACCACAGCAACAGGCUUUUAAGGAACUGAAGGGGCUGGAGGACUUCAUAACCAAGAAGGUGGAACAGAACCAGCGCACCCUGGACCCCAACUCCCCGCGAGACUUCAUCGACUCCUUUCUCAUUCGCAUGCAGGAGGAGAAGAAGAACCCCAACACAGAAUUCUACAUGAAGAACCUGGUGCUCACCACACUGAACCUCUUCUUUGCGGGCACGGAGACCGUCAGCACCACCUUGCGUUAUGGCUUCCUGCUGCUCAUGAAAUAUCCAAAUGUGGAGGCCAAAGUCCAUGAAGAGAUUGAUCGGGUCAUUGGCAAAAACCGGCAGCCCAAGUUUGAGGAUCGAGCAAAGAUGCCCUACACGGAGGCUGUGAUUCAUGAGAUCCAGAGAUUUGCAGAUAUGAUCCCCAUGGGGCUGGCCCGCAGGGUCACCAAGGACACCAAGUUCCGGGAGUUCUUCCUGCCCAAGGGUACGGAAGUGUUCCCCAUGCUGGGCUCUGUGCUGAGAGACCCCAAGUUCUUCUCCAACCCCCAGGAUUUCAACCCUCACCACUUCCUGGAUGACAAAGGACAGUUUAAGAAGAGUGAUGCUUUUGUUCCCUUUUCCAUUGGAAAGCGGUACUGUUUAGGAGAUGGCCUGGCUAAAAUGGAGCUCUUUCUCUUCCUCACCACCAUCAUGCAGAACUUCCGCUUCAAGCCCACGCAGGCUCCCCAUGACAUAGACGUGUCCCCCAAAUAUGUGGGCUUUGCCACCAUCCCACCCACCUAUACCUUAAGCUUCCAGCCUCGCUGAGCCCCAGGGGAUGUGCAAGGGGGGUGUUGGAAGAGAUGAGGAUGGGGGGUAGGGGGACCGAGGGAAAA